UUAUUUUUCCUGGUGCACCUUCAGCGUUCCCUGUGAAAUCUGUGAUCGACUCUUCAGGUCUGUUGUUUUUCAAGAUGGCGCCGCUCACGUCUUCCACACGUGAAUUGUUUAGUGAAGCGGUUCGGGCUGUUUUGGAAACGUGGCCGGUGCUACAAAUCGCGGUGGAUAAUGGUUUCGGAGGCGCGUACAGUCAGCAGAAAGCGGAGUGGAUGGUGGACGCGCUGCAGCAGUAUUUCACGGAUAACGAUGAGCUGCAGCAGGACGAGGUGGAGGAGUUCAUCUCUGACCUGAUGAACAACGAGUUUGACACGGUGGUGGAUGACGGCAGCUUGCCGCAGGUGUCGCAGAAGGUGUGUGAGAUGUUCCAGCAGUGUCAGCAGGACAGACUGACGGAGGUCAGAGAGCAGAUCAAGCAGCUGAUUCAGAAGAAGAGCGCUGGGAGAGCGAAGGCCACACCUGCCAAAACACCUGCUGCUGCUGCUGCUGCUGAUGAUGAUGAUGAGAGUGAAGACGAAGAGGCUAUGGAGUGUGAUGGAGCUUCAGUCAACGGUGCGGCAGUGAAGGAGCAGCAUCUUCCUCCUCGGGCCGCGAGUCAUGAGGAAGAGGAUGAUGGCUGGACGGUUGUGCGCAGGAAGAAGUGACUGGACGUGCAGUAUUAGGACUGAUGAAAUUCUUAAUUUAAGACAUUUUAAGGGCUUCUCUGUCUCUCCAGCUCUGAAUACUUCUGUAUUCGCAACAGUGACAAACUCAUGAAACCCACAGAACAGUGCAUCUGACUGAUGUUACUGAUGGAUUUCCUCACUGGACCUCUUUCAUGGGGUUCCUUCAUAAAAGAAAUCAAUUUGUGUAUGCUUUGUAACUGGUCUGGUCUUUUGUGCAUAUACAAAUAUGUAUAUACAUUUUCAUGGUCCAGAUGUGGCCUAGCCACCACACUGAUCUUUUGACUUCCAGGAACUCUUAUUUAUUACUUGUUGGUUAAUGCCUGCACUAGUCCUUUAUCGCCCUCUAGUGUCACUAUAGUUUCACAGCAACAGUAAAAUACAGUGCUGGAUUUUACAAUUUAGUAUUGAGUUUUUUCAAACAUAGCGUAAAGGUUUUGCUAAACUUCUGUAGUCAGUGGAAGAAAAAAAAAAUCAUGCAUGUUUGGAACAAUAAACAGUUUUCAUAGUUUUUCUCAUUAUUAUUAUUGACAAUGUUAAAACAGGCUCCAUUGUUACAGAACAUCAAGAUUAUAUAAAAAAAAAAAAACUCCA